UGCGUCAUACCUCGCUUCCGCUGGUGAAACGCACUGAGCUGAGUCUGUGGUCUAUUGCAGAAAGGAGACAGGAGCGCUGAACAAUUUUACUGAAACCGAAAAGAAACCAUUACAGAACCAGCCGCGGAACUCAGAGAUGUCUCACACAAUUUUGCUAGUCCAACCUACCAAGAGGCCAGAAGGCAGGACGUAUGCAGAUUAUGAAUCUGUCAACGAGUGCAUGGAAGGCGUCUGCAAGAUGUAUGAAGAGCAUUUGAAGAGGAUGAAUCCCAACAGCCCAUCCAUUACGUACGAUAUCAGCCAGCUGUUUGAUUUCAUUGACGACCUUGCUGAUCUCAGCUGCCUUGUAUACCGGGCAGACACUCAGACAUACCAGCCCUACAACAAGGAUUGGAUUAAAGAGAAGAUCUAUGUGCUGCUGCGUCGCCAAGCCCAGCAGGCAGGCAAAUAGAGAGAGAGCUGGAACCGUGGGGGGGGCAGGGCAGGGCAGUGCAGAGCGUGGUGGAGUCACCGUACACCACUGUUUGUAUUAUAGUAGCUAAGCGUUCAUUGAGUUCUUGACUAAUUCACUGAAUUUAUAUUUGAGUGGGGGUGGGGUUGUUUUGUUUAAAAAAAAAAGUAAAAAAUAAAAAAAUCUUUCUGUAUUUCAGUUGCCCCUGAAUGAAUGUCUUUUCAGAAGUUUAGACCUAUUUUAGUUUCUGAUGGAAGAGAGGACAGGCAGCCCUGGUCCUGGAGGGCUGUUGCACUCAUGGUUUAAUAGUUGUAAUUAAACUGCUUGAGGGCCUGGUCAGAGGUUUAUUUCCUCUCAUGUUAUGAAGGACCUGGCAUGGAAGGGCUCAGGCUGCCUACCCCUGUGCAGAGGGGUUUUCGUUGUUGUAGUGCUGCAGUUCUGUCAGGUGACACUUGCUAGAAGUGUGUUUCUUUACCUUAUCUGCUUAGACUUCUACCUAUUUUUUUCUUUUUCUAUAGAUCAUUCUGCUAGGUUACCAUUUAUGACAAUUCCUGCACGCUAUGAACAUGUUUCUAAGUUGGGUUUGGUAGUGAUUUACUUUAGACCUGUAUUGUACUGUUUGUGACCUUGCACCACUUGUUUGGAGAAAUGUCUCAUAACAAAUGUCGGUGUCAAAUCUGACGGCAAAUCUUUCUUUCCAAUGCAGAUGUUUUAAGUUCUCCUGAAUGAUUGCUCUUUUUUGUAGGUCUUGUGUGAGUGCUCUGUACAAUGACACAUUUUCUUUUUACUGUAUUUUGACUGAAAUAAAAUACCUCUGUGUA